UGCAGAUACACACAGAGAGAAAUCCUGUCUGAUCGCUAUCUUUAGACAUUGGUCAGGCGCUAGAAAUCUUCUUGUGUGCCAACCAUUUAAAAUAAAUAGGGGGCUUGAACAAAGUCAUGGAUUCAUGGGAAAUGAUGACACGUACAGCAGUUACCGUUUACUUGGUGAAAGAGGGACUGAGAGGUCGCUAAAACGCUACCCGGGAACUAGCGCUAACGUUACUUGAAGCUGUAGCUUGUUAUCUGGGAAGUUUGAAAUCAGAACGCACACGCAUCGCUAGUAAGCUAGCUACGCAUUUAUGUACCUAGCCUAGCUCACUAAGUCGUCUAUUUUCUUGGAAGAGUUUUGCUAGACAGGAUUUAUAAGUGUCACUACUUAAACAAGUAUUGAUUUUUUUUUUAACGAAAAUGGCUUCGAGAGGGGGGUACCCAAUAGCUACAGGUAGUCCAAUGAACCCUAACAUUAACCCCAUGACAGCUGGACAUGGAGGUGGUGUGAGAAUGCCACCACCACCAGCAGCAAUGCAGCAGAACUCUGGAUUCCGAGCCAUGAGCAACGCCGCCUCGCAGUACCACCAGCGCCCCGGCAUGCCGCCGACCAGAGGGGUACCUAUGGGGGCACUGGGGGGACCCGUCCCAGGGCCCUCUUAUGGCUCCAGUUUACCUAUGCGCUCUGGGAUGCCCCCAGCUGCCAUGGACCCUGCACGAAAGAGGUUCCUCCAGCAGCAGCAGCAGCAGCAACAGCAGCAACAUCAGGGCCUGAGCGGUCAGAGACGUGGUGUCAAAAGGCGGAAGAUGGCUGACAAGGUACUUCCACAGAGGAUCAGAGAUCUGGUCCCUGAGUCUCAGGCCUACAUGGACCUCCUUGCCUUUGAGCGAAAGCUGGAUCAGACCAUUGCCCGUAAGCGCAUGGAAAUCCAGGAAGCCAUUAAGAAGCCCAUCACGCAAAAGCGCAAGUUGCGUAUAUACAUCUCCAACACCUACACACCUGGCAAGCCAGAGGGCGAAGAGGCGGAGAAGGUGUCCUCCUGGGAGCUUAGGGUGGAGGGCAAGCUGCUGGAGGAUCCUGGAAAGCAGAAGAGGAAGUUUUCAUCCUUCUUUAAAAGCUUGGUCAUCGAGCUUGACAAGGAGCUCUAUGGGCCAGAUAACCACUUAGUGGAGUGGCACAGAAUGCCCACCACCCAGGAGACUGAUGGGUUCCAGGUAAAGCGACCAGGUGACGUGAAUGUGAAGUGCACCCUUCUCCUCAUGCUGGACCACCAGCCCCCCCAGUACAAGCUGGACCCCCGCCUGGCCCGGCUGCUGGGGGUCCACACGCAGACUCGGGCCAGCAUCAUGCAGGCACUGUGGCUGUACAUCAAGAACAACAAGCUGCAGGACAGCCACGAGAAGGAGUACAUCAACUGCAACCGCUACUUCCGCCAGAUUUUCGGCUGCACACGCAUGAGGUUCUCUGAGAUCCCCAUGAAGCUGGCGGGCCUGCUGCAGCACCCGGACCCCAUUGUCAUCAACCACAUCAUCAGCGUGGACCCCAAUGACCAGAAGAAGACCGCCUGCUACGACAUUGAUGUGGAGGUGGAUGACCCUCUGAAGGGGCAGAUGAACAGCUUCCUGUCCUCCACCACCAACCAGCAGGAGAUUGCAGCCUUGGAGAUGAAGAUCCACGAGACCAUUGAGUCCAUUAACCAGCUCAAGACCCAGAGGGACUUCAUGCUCAGCUUCAGCAAUAACCCACAGGAGUUCAUCCAGGACUGGCUCAAGUCCCAGUGUCGGGACCUCAAGCUGAUGACAGACACGGCAGGGAACCCAGAGGAAGAGAGGCGUACUGAGUUCUACCAGGCACCCUGGGUCCCUGAGGCAGUGGGCCGUUACAUCUUCUCAAAGGUGCAGCAGAGACGUCAGGAGCUGGAGCAGGUGCUAGGAAUCCGACUGACUUGAAGCCCAAGCCUCACCAGGGCCCCUCUCCAGCUGUCAGCCGUCUCCUCUUCCCAGGGCUCACUCAGCGGUACAGGGCAGGCCUAUUCAAAGGGCCAGCCCCAUGGUGGCCUUCACAUCCAACCUGGAACUAUGCAGCCAGUCAGCAAAACUGGAAUCAGUCCACACUUGCAGUUUCAUGCUCUUUCGUUUUACUUCCCCAUUUUCUUGUGAAUUUUGCUAAUGUAAUGUUUUUUUUCCUUCUGUCAGUUAAGCCAGUUUGCCCACAUUUACGAUAUUGUGAAAGUGGGGAAAACUGGAUUACAUUGCAUUUUUUCUGUCAUUUUUUUAGUCAGUACUCUCUGAUAUGAUGGACCACAGUGAAAUGUACACUGUCUUGCAUCUUAUUUUUCUGCAGUAUAACGCAUACUGUUUGCCUCAUUGAUUCCUAGUUUAUUCUUCAUAUUGCAAGUCUGCUCGGUUUUACAAGUCCAAUUUAUUUUUGUAUGAUUUUUGUGUGUAACUUUUGCUUCUAAGGUGUAAGCAUUUGCACAGUGAAAUGGUUGUGUGGUAUUUUUUUAUAAAGGGGAACACACCCCCAGACCUGGAAAGCCACAGUUGCAGCUUAAGUAUUAUU